GACACCUAUUGGUGGAGAGGCAGUUAAGGGAGAGAACGACGGGGCGGCGCCGUUUCAGAGGGUUUUCGAGGGAGGAUCUGAGGAGGCGGGCUUCAGAGCUAAGAUCUGGGUUAUGCGAGAACCCCAGCGGCCUAAGGUCAGGCGUGAGAGUGCACGGUGGGGUGGGCCUGGAGGUGGGCCAGACUCAACUCGACCUUCACGUUGGCAGAGGAGGAAACUGAGGCUCGCAAGUAAGCUACGUGCCAGGGUCCCAAAAGAAACUGGCAGGGUUGGGAUGCGAACCCGUGGCCCCACUGAGCCCCAGUCCCUCGGGAGGGCGUCAGGCCUCCGCCCCGCCCCCGCCCACCAGAGACCCCGCCCCGCGGCAUGACCGGAAGUGAGCGGGGCCCCCAAGAUGGCGCCCGAAACCCGGAAGUGAGCGCGGCUGAGGCGAAGCUCGGAGAGACGGAGGCGCCGCGGGCUCCGCGCCCGGCCGGACCCAGGUCGGAGGUCAUGAUGCCACCACCGAGGAGCAAGAAGCCCAGAUAGACGCCCCCGUGGCCUGGGUCGUGGAGCCACCCGAUGCUGGCAGUGGGGCCCACCAUGGACGGGGAGUUUCCUCAGCAUGAGCCCCCACCAGCGGGCAGCAUCCUAUACAGCCCACCUCCCCUGCAGACCCCGCUGUGCGGGUCCAGUGUCCAGAAUGCCAUGCUGCACUACCCGUGGUGGAGCACCUUCUCGCCCACGCCGUACCCAGUCUUCUCCAGUGAAAGCCACCAGUUCAUGAGCUCCACCUCCUUCAUUGCCAGCCAGCCCUGCGCAGACACCAGCUACGGACCCUCCACCACCACCCCUAGCUUCCUGCCAAAGACGGGCGACUUUCCUCAGGAUUCUGUGUACCUCGACGACCUCUCCAACACCUCCAUCUUCUCCUCGUCUGUGGACUCCCUCUCAGACAUCGCGGACACACCUGACUUCCUGCCGGCCGACAGCCUCAGCCAGGUGCCCACCAUCUGGGAUGUGAGCACCGGCCCCUCCGCCCACGACAAGCUGCUCCUGCCCAGUGGGCCAUGGACAGGCCUUGAGGACCCCGUGUCCUCCCUUUCCAGCACCCCACUUCUUGUCAGCUACCAGUCUCAGAGUCAGCCUGAGGAGGAAGAUGAGGCAGAGGAGGAUGAGGGGGAGGAGCUGGGCCACACAGAGACCUACGCCGACUACGUGCCAUCCAAAUCUAAGAUCGGGAAGCAGCAUCCGGACCGCGUGGUGGAGACCAGCACGCUGUCCAGUGUCCCACCGCCAGACAUCACCUACACCCUUGCCCUGCCUGCUUCCGACAGCGGGGCCCUGUCCGCCCUGCAGCUAGAGGCCAUCACCUAUGCCUGCCAGCAACACGAGGUCCUGCUCCCCAGUGGGCAGCGGGCCGGCUUCCUCAUUGGCGAUGGCGCCGGCGUGGGCAAGGGGCGCACGGUGGCCGGCAUCAUCCUGGAGAAUUACCUGCGGGGCCGGAAGAAGUCCCUGUGGUUCAGCGUCUCCAACGAUCUCAAGUAUGACGCAGAGCGCGACUUGCGGGACAUCGACGCCCCGGGCAUCGCGGUGCACGCGCUGAGCAAGAUCAAGUACGGUGACAACACUACCUCAGAGGGCGUCCUCUUCGCAACCUACUCCGCCCUGAUCGGGGAGAGCCAGGCCGGCGGGCAGCACCGCACGCGCAUCCGCCAGAUCUUGGAGUGGUGCGGGGAGGCCUUCGACGGAGUCAUCGUGUUUGAUGAGUGCCACAAAGCAAAGAACGCCAGCUCCACGAAGAUGGGCAAGGCCGUCCUGGAUCUGCAGAACAAGCUGCCCCUGGCCAGGGUGGUCUAUGCCAGUGCCACAGGUGCCUCUGAGCCCCGGAACAUGAUCUACAUGAGCCGCCUGGGCAUCUGGGGCGAUGGUACACCCUUCCGAACCUUCGAGGAGUUUCUGCACGCCAUUGAGAAGAGGGGUGUGGGCGCCAUGGAGAUUGUGGCUAUGGACAUGAAGGUCAGCGGCAUGUACAUCGCUCGCCAGCUCAGCUUCUCCGGCGUCACCUUCCGCAUCGAGGAGAUCUCACUGGCCCCAGCCUUCGAGCGUGUCUACAACCGUGCGGCCCUGCUGUGGGCCGAGGCCCUGGGCGUGUUCCAGCAGGCAGCCGACUGGAUUGGUCUCGAGUCUCGCAAGUCCCUGUGGGGUCAGUUCUGGUCAGCUCACCAGCGUUUCUUCAAGUAUCUCUGCGUUGCUGCCAAAGUGCACCGGCUGGUGGAGCUGGCCCGAGAGGAGCUGGCCCAGGACAAGUGUGUGGUCAUCGGGCUGCAGUCCACAGGCGAGGCUCGGACCCGGGAGGUGCUGGACGAGAAGGAUGGGCAGCUCGACUGCUUUGUCUCCGCUGCUGAGGGUGUCUUUCUGUCACUAAUUCAGAAGCACUUUCCUUCAACCAAAAGAAAGCGCGAGAGAGGAGCAGGCAGUAAGAGAAAACGGCGGCCACGGGGCCGCGGGGUCAAGGCGCCCAGGCUGGCAUGCGAGGCGGCAGGCGUGAUCCGCAUCAGUGACGACAGCAGCACGGAGUCAGACGCUGGCCUGGAUAGUGACUUCCACUCCUCCCCCGAGUCCGUGCUAGACGACGACGUGGUCAUCUUGGAUGCUGUCGGGCUGCCGGCCGAUGACCGCGGGCCCCUGUGCCCCCUGCAGCGGGACCCACACGGCCCCGGCAUCCUGGAGCGUGUUGAGCGGCUAAAGCAGGACCUGCUGGCCAAGGUGCGAGUGCUGGCCCGGGAGCUGCCCGUUAACACUCUGGAUGAGCUCAUCGACCAGCUUGGGGGUCCGGAGCGAGUGGCCGAGAUGACUGGCAGGAAGGGCCGCGUGGUGUCCAGGCCCGACGGGACAGUGGCCUUCGAGUCUCGGGCAGAGCAAGGCCUCUCCAUCGACCAUGUGAACCUCAGGGAGAAGGAGCGCUUCAUGAGUGGGGAGAAGCUCGUGGCGAUCAUCUCCGAGGCCUCCAGCUCCGGCAUCUCCCUCCAAGCUGACCGCCGCGUCCAGAACCAGCGGCGCCGGGUCCAUAUGACGCUCGAGCUGCCCUGGAGCGCUGACCGUGCCAUCCAGCAGUUUGGCCGGACCCACAGGUCCAACCAGGUCUCUGCCCCCGAAUACGUCUUCCUCAUCUCCGAGCUGGCUGGGGAGCGCAGGUUUGCCUCCAUUGUUGCGAAACGGCUGGAGAGCCUGGGGGCUCUGACCCAUGGGGACCGCCGCGCUACUGAGUCCCGUGACCUGAGCAAGUACAACUUUGAGAACAAGUACGGCGCCCGGGCCCUCAGCUGUGUCCUCACCACCAUCCUGAGCCAGACUGAGAACAAGGUGCCACUGCCCCAGGGCUACCCCGGAGGAGAUGCCGCCUUUUUCCGGGACAUGAAGCAGGGCCUGCUGUCCGUUGGCAUUGGGUGGGCGCGAGUCCAGGUCGGCUGUCUGGAUGUGGAGAAGGACUGCUCCAUCACCAAGUUCCUGAACCGCAUUCUGGGGCUAGAGGUGCACAAGCAGAACGCGCUGUUCCAGUACUUCUCGGACACUUCGACCACCUCAUCGAGAUGGACAAGAAGGAGGGCAAAUAUGACAUGGGCAUCCUGGACCUGGCUCCCAGGCAUCGACGAGAUCUAUGAGGAGAGCCAGCAGGUUUUCCUGGCCCCCGGGCACCCACAGGAUGGGCAGGUGGUCUUCUACAAGAUCAGUGUGGACCGCGGCCUGAAGUGGGACGAGGCUUAUGCAGGUCGCUGGAGCUGACGGGCACCAACGAUGGCUUCUACCUCUCCUUAAAGGUUCGGGGCAACAAGCUGAGCUGCCUCCUGGCCGAGCAGAACCGCGGCAAGCACUUCACCGUGUACAAGCCUAACGUGGGUCGGCAGAGCCAGCUGGAGACUUUCGACAGCCUGUGCCGGAAGUUCCGCCGG